AGAGGAUGUGAGUGGCUGGAGUAGCCGUCCGAUUGCUUUGGAAAAGUGGUGCUUUGAAGAACAUCCACUAAGCACGACGACGCAAUGUAAUCGACUGGAAGUGUCAGAUAUUUUUGGACGAGAAUCCGUUCAAUCUCGCUCCUGCUUCGAGUCGUUUGGGUGAACGUUGAAAUGUCGAGGCCUGCUUUGUUAGCCUAGCCUAGUUUAGCAGCUAACAAAGUAAAACAACGCGCCUGAGAUAAACACGUCGCCCAGCAAGCAAACAUAAAGUCCCAAAAUGUCAGAUCUGUAUGUCAGCCAAGCCCAUUGUCUUGAGCACCAGGAGUCUUUAUGCGUCAAGGGGGAGUCACCAUACAUCCAGGAGGAGGAGGAGUCCGUUCACAUUAAAGGUUUCAGAAAAUACCUUAGUGCCGAGAGGCAGCAGUCAGAAUCUCCUGGCGUGAAAGAGGAUGUUGAGCUUCCCCAAAUCAAAGACGAGGAGCCAAAGCCCUGUCAACAGAAGCAACUUCCAAUCAAAAAGGAUCAGGAGGAACUGCCAUGCGUUAAAGAGGAGGAAGAGGAGGAGCAUAUCAUCAGGUCGACUGGUGAGCCCUUGAAGAGUGAAGAUGGUCCGAGUGAGGCCGGCAGAGGGCCGGAGCCUCCAAGCGAGGGUAGUAGCAGCAGCUCAACAGAAGGAUUACAAGCAGACAUUUACAUUGCUCCAUCAGACAGAGAUGGCGCCCCGUCACACUCACCUUACAAUGAUGAUGGUCAUAAGACAUCUCACGGUGACGACAAACUCUGCAAAUGCUCUCAGUGUGGGAAAACCUUUGCUAAUAAGUAUAAUUGUCGGACGCAUAUGAGGAGCCACACUGGCGAAAAACCGUUUUCCUGCUUAGUUUGUGGGCAAGGAUUCGCUGAAAAAGGAACCUUAAAAAGACACAAAAGAACCCACACUGGCGAAAAACCGUUUUCCUGCUCAGUUUGUCGUCAAGGAUUCGCUGAAAAAGGAACCUUAAAAACACACGAAAGAACCCACACUGGAGAAAAACCUUUUUCCUGCUCAGAUUGUGGUCAAGGAUUCAGUUGCAAGAGCACCUUAAAACGACACGCAAGAACCCACACUGGCGAAAAACCUUUUUCCUGCUCAGUUUGUGGUCAAAGAUUCGGUUGCAAGAGCACCUUAAAGCGACACGCAAGAACCCACACUGGCGAAAAACCGUUUUCCUGCUCAGUUUGUGGCCAAGGAUUCGCUGAAAAAGGAACCUUAAAAAUCCACAAAAGAACCCACACUGGCGAAAAACCUUUUUCCUGCUCAGUUUGUGGUCAAAGAUUCAGGUGCAAGAGCAACUUAAAACGACACGCAAGUGUCCACACUGGCGAAAAACCUUUUUCCUGCUCAGUUUGUGGUCAAGGAUUCGCUGAAAAAGGAACCUUAAAAACACACGAAAGAACCCACACUGGAGAAAAACCUUUUUCCUGCUCAGAUUGUGGUCAAGGAUUCAGUUCCAAAAGCACCUUAAAACGACACACAAGAACCCACACUGGCGAAAAAGCUUUUUCCUGCUCAGUUUGUGGUCAAAGAUUCAGUUGCAAGAGCACCUUGAAACAACACACAAUAACCCACACUGGCGAAAAACCUUUUUCCUGCCCAGUUUGUGCUCAAAGAUACACUCAAAAGCACAACUUAAAAAUCCACACACGAACUCACACUGGCGAAAAACCUUUUUCCUGCUCAGUUUGUGGUCAAAGAUUCAAUUGCAAGAGCAGCUUGAAACAACAUACAAGAACCCACACUGGCGAAAAACCUUUUUUCUGCUUAGUUUGUGAUCAAAGAUUCAGUUGCAAGCGCACCUUAAAACAACACACAAGUGUCCACACUGGCGAAAAAAAAUUUUCCUGCUUAGUUUGUGGUCAAGGAUUUAUUCAAAAGACAGCCUUAAAAAUACACGAAAGAAGCCACACUGGAGAAAAACCUUUUUCCUGCUCAGAUUGUGGUCGAAGAUUCAGUUGCAAUAGCACCUUAAAACGACACACAAGAACCCACACUGGCGUAAAAGCUUUUUCCUGCUCAGUUUGUGGUCAAAGAUUCACUCUAAAGCAAAACUUAAAAAUCCACACAAGAACCCACACUGGCGAAAAACCUUUUUCCUGCUCAGUUUGUGGUCAAAGAUUCUCUCAGCAAUAUUUUAAAGUACAUAUGAGAACCCACACUGGCGAAAAACCUUUUUCCUGCUCAGUUUGUGGUCAAGGAUUCUCUCAGAAGCAAUACUUGAAAGUACAUAUGAGAACACACACUGGCGAAAAACCUUUUUCCUGCUCAGUUUGUGACCAAAGAUUCUCUCAAAUGCAACACUUAAAACAACACACAAGAACCCACACUGGCGAAAAACCUUUUUCCUGCUCAGUUUGUGAUCAAAGAUUCGCCUGGAAGCAACACUUAAAACAACACACAAGAACUCACACUGGCAAAACACUUUUUUCUUGCUCAGAUGGUGGUCAAAGAUUCAGUUGCAAGAGCGCCUUAAAACAACACACAAGAACCCACACUGGCGAAAAACAUUUUUCCUGCUCAGUUUGUGGUUAAAAAUUCACUCUAAAGGAAAACUUAAAAAUCCACAACAGAACACACACUGGCGAAAAACCUUUUGCCUGCUCAGUUUGUGAUCAAAGAUUCGCUCAGAGGCAUCACUUAAAACACCACACAAGAGGAUCCAAGAUGGUGGCGUAAGAUGGUUGACUCUUUCUGAGCUCCGCACCACCGCAUUGAUUUUUCAUACAAAACUCCAACCAAUUUAAUAUGCAACUUGAAAUUGCACGUUUCAUCAUGAAUAUUGAUGAAUACUCUUUGAGAUCCCAGGACAAGAUACUGACAAGAGAGGAUCGUAACCUAGCCAAGAUGUGCGAGCCAGAAGUUUCUGCUAGCAGACUAGAGGAAGCGCAACAAUCAACCGGACACCGGGGUUUUCCUCGAUGCCUCCUUUCGGCAAAUUAUUCAGGAAAUAACAGCGAACAUCACUAAGGUGAUUGAUGAAAAGCUUGGGCCGCUAUCUCAAAUCGUACUUGCGCGCGCCGAGCAAUUAAAAAAGAUUUAGGAGCGUACCGCCGAGGCCAGAAACAGGAUUGCUGUGGCCGAACAUAUCUGCGAGGACGUGAAUACCCGGGUGCACGAGCUUGAGAAGCAGAUAAAAAGCAUGGCCGAGCAGAUCGACGACCUCAAAAAUAGAGGCAGAUGGAAAAAUGUCUGCAUUAUUGGACUACCAGAAGACACGGAGGGGAGCAACUCUACAACGUUUUUGGAGAGCUUGAUACCCGACGUGCUCGGAAUGGAGACGAAAGCCAGCUGCGUUAAAAUUGAGAGGGCUCACCGUACUAUAGCGCCGAAGCCAAGACCGAACCAGCGACCGCAACCCGUCCUGAUCCGAUUUCACAACUUCGUCGACAAACAGCGGGUGAUGGACGCCGCGGGACCGUGAAGCACCGGGAAUUCUCCAUCAUGUUCUUCCAGGAUUUGUCGGCGGCGGUGCUUCGUAAAUGGAAGGCUUUUGAUGAUGUGAAGAGGCAACUACGAGAGUUGGGCACUAAAUACAUCAUGCUUUACCCGGCUACACUAAAAGUAAUCCACGGUGGGGAGGCUAAAAGUUUCGACUCCCCCGCUCAGGCAGUGACUUAUGUGGACACACUGAAGUAAACUUCACGUGAGUCACCAAACGAUCCGUUAAUGUCUAUGGCAGGUUAAUGAUCUUAAAAAAUGAGAAUAUUUUGCUUUACAUUACAUUUAUUUACAUUACAUUUAUUUGUGGUGGGUUUCUAUUACCCCUUUCCCACUGAAACUAAUAGGUCUAACGCGUGUUUUUUCCAAACCAAUGCAACCCACUAGCAAUUGGCAUUGGGCACCUUUCCCAUUGACAAAGAAAGCCGGUUUUUUUUCACCCGUCCAACCCCCCACCCCUCCUCAGCCGUGCGUAAGGUUACGUGACGUCACCACGCUAAGAUGCGCGUCGACACAAGUGCGACCGAAUUCAUUCAGUUCAAGGAAGUAAACAAUGCAGAGCAAAAUGGAAGCCUCCUUUCCGUUAGUGUUCUCUGUUUUCAUGCUUUUUACUGCCCUCAAAAUGGUCAAAAUGCAGCAAAGAAUCAACACUCUGCUUGUGCUGAGGCAUCGUAGGCGACGUGAAUUCUUCUUCUUCUAGCUUUGUUGUGAGCAUUGACGUUACUACGGUUGUGGGGCGUGUUAAAAUGGGGGGCGACUGGAACGUUGUUAUGACGCAUCACGUAAGAGCCUACCUCACCACGUAGAUUAGGGUGUUGACUGUUGACCCGGGGUUUUGCUUUCACACUGCAUGACGAUCAGAGCCGAGGUGAUUUUAAUGUGGGUCGCUUGGCGGGUUGAUUGACACGGGUCGAAGCGGGCCGCUGCACCUUUCCCACUGCCACCAAAAGCCGAUUGUUAGUGGGUUGACACGGGUUUUUUGGCCAGUGGGAAAGGGGUAUGUUUAACUUUUGUGAAGACUGAUGUCUCAUAAAGUCUUGAUUGGGCAAUUUGAAGUGAUUUUAUUUUUUUUAUCCUAUUGUCCUGUUUAAGAACCUGCCCAAUGGUAUAUAAGGGUGGAUACUACCAUUUAGGUGGUACCAUUGGGGUUCAGAAAAGUUUUCCGAGUUAGAGGGGAGAAAUGGUGAAACUCAAGGUAAUCCCCUGGUUAUCAAAAAGGGAAGUUCCAUCCCACAGUGCUGUCUGCACACUUGUUGCGUGUGAUUGGUAUUUUUUGUCUUUUUUUGUUUCUCAGCUGGGUUAUAGUAUGGUGCAUGACCUACAUGAAGAGUGUAGUACAUUUGGAAGUCUGAAUACUCUGUUAAAAAUUUCAUGACCUGUAACACACUGAAGCUUUGCACCUGGAAUGUUAAGGGAAGCCACUCUCCAUCAAAAGGAAAAAAAAAUGUUUAUUAAAGAAAGAAAAAGUUUAUAUUGAUAUGCUGCAAGAAACACACCUCAAUUAAGACGAACAUUUAAAGCUGCUACAAUGCGGUUUUGAUCAAUUGUAUUUUUCAUCAUUCACCUCCAAAAGCAGAGGGGAGGCAAUGCUUAUUAGAAAAAAAUGACCACUUAAGGUGUCAAAAUGUGUUAAAGAUAAAUAUGGACGCUUUGUGUUGGUUUCAGCCUCUCUACACGGCGAGAAAUUUGCUUUCUUCAAUGUAUAUUGCCCACCACGUCACCCACUUAAUUUUUUGACGGAGGCUUUUGCUCAACUAUCUGAUCUUUUGUAUUUGUAUUUUAUUCGGAUCCCCAUUAGCUGAUGAACACAUCCGCUACUCUUCCUGGGGUCCACACAAAACAUAAAACAAACAAGACAUCAACAUACAAAUCAACAUAGGAAAUAUAUAAAAGAAUGAAAACAAAGAGUUGUUAUCUGGGGACACACACUAAAAAAGGCAUAAUUCAACAUACUGACAGAAAAAAAGAAGACACAGUAAGGAGGUAAAUAGACAAUAAGCAAUAUAUAAGUUGACAACAACAGAGAGAAUUCCAUUACAUUUCCUUCCUAACUUUUCUUUGAGUUUUUAAAAUUUGGUCUGGAAGGGCAUUCCAUUCCACCAUUGCUCUGCAUAAUACUGUGUGUUGGUUUGAGUUAGUUUUCAUGAAAGGUAAUGUGUAGUUGCCACUAGUAGCAUGUCUGGUGGGGUAUGCAUGCAAAGUUGAGCUCGGAGUAUAAUGCUUAAACAAACGGUCUGGUUUGUGCAAUGUCUUAAUGUUUUUCAGAAAGCAUAGAAGUGAUACUCGAAGCCUUGCAUGAAUUUUAAACCAGGAGAGUUGAUCGAGUAUUGUGUCUGUGUUGGCUCUUUGGCUGCAUUUAAGGGCAAGCCUGGCUGCUCUAUUUUGUACCCGUUGAAGCUUCUGUUGGUUCUUGUUUGUUGUGCCUGACCAGAUCACAGAACAGUAGUCUAGAUGUGACAGUACAAGGGUCUGCAAGACCUGUUUGGUCAGCUCAGGUGUUAACCCUGGAAGUUUUGUUUCCUGUACCUGCUCCACGACCACAUUGUUCAAUACAAGGUUCAACUGAGGAUUGGAUCUUAGUGAAUGUUUAGUCCCAAAAAUGAUGCUCUUAGUUUUUGAUAUGUUAAGAACCAUUUUGUUAUCAGAGAUCCAAUUAAACACCAACUGCAGCUCUUUGUUGAGGGCUGAGGUGAUUUCCUCCAUUGUUUGUGCAGAUUUAUAGACUGUUAAAUCAUCAGCAAAAUACACGCACUGGCAUUUGUAAAAAUAGAGAACAGCAACAGGCCUAAUGAAGAACCUUGCGGAAUUCCACAUUGUUUUUGUUGUGCAUUAGAGAAGCAACCAUUAAACAAAACUUUCUGAGUUCUACUAGUUAGAUAGCCUUUAAUCCAAGCUAUAGCUGAUGGAGUGAAGCCAUAGCACCUUAGUUUUUUCAAUAAUAUAUUGUGGUCGAUGACAUCGAAAGCGGCACUAAAAUGUAAUAGAACUGCUCCUGUUACUUUCUGUUGGUCCAUGUCAGAUAGCCAAUCGUCUGUCAUUUGUGUGAGUACUGUAAAAGUUGAGUAUCCUACUCUAGGCAUGUUGGUAAUUACUCAUUAAAUUAUUCAAUGAAAAAUGGAUUGUAUCUGAUUGAGUACAAUUUUCUCCAGCAGUUUGCUUAAAACAGGUAACGGGCUGAUGGGCCGGCUGUUUGAACCAGUGAAGGAAAGCACGAGCAUUUUUAGGUAAAGGAAUUACCGUAACCACUUUCCAAGUUUGAGGGAACCUAUUGCUAGCAAGGCUUAGAUUAAAAAUGUGAGAUACCGGAGUAGAAAUAUGGUCUGCAAUAAUUUUCAAUAACUUUCCAUCCAGGUUAUCAAUACUUGGUGGUUUAUCAUUGUGGAUAGCCAAUAGUAGUUUUUUUUUUUACCUCUUGAACCGUUACUUUGCAGAAUUCAAAAUUACACUUUCUGUCCUUCAUUAUUUUGUUUUGUAUAUGUAAGUUCAAUGAUUCAUUAUUUGGUGAGGAUAUCACCUGUCUGAGUUGACAGAUUUUAUUAGUAAAAUAGUCAUUAAAGUAAUUUGCAAUGUCAGCAGGCUUGGUUAUGAAACAGCCUUCCGCUUUAAUGAAGGAUGGAGUCAGGCUUCUAAUUCCUGCCCAUGAUGUCAUUUAAGGUACUCCAUAGCUUUUUAUUGUCAUUUUUUUUUACAUGAUUUAUUCUUAAUUCAUAAUGCAACUUUUUCUUCUUUCUAUUCAGCUUAUUGGCGUGGUCCCUUAGUUUACAGUAAACUUGCCAGUCAGACAUGCUGCCUGACCUUUUUGCUGUUAUUUUUGCCUUGUUUCGCUUAGCCAUACAUUGUCUCAGUUCAUCAUCAAUCCAAGGGCAUCUAGUGGCUCUAACAGUCAACCUCUUGACAGGUGCAUGUUUGUCCAUAACUGGCACUAACAGUUCUGUAAAGGCAUUCAAUGCAGUAGCUGGGUCACUCUGCUUACUAACAUUAGCCCGACUAAUAUUACUGACAUCAUUGACAUACUGUAUGCGUCACAACAGAAAUCCCUGUAUGAUCUUUUAUAAACAAUUUUUGGCCUGGCUUUUGGGACUUGCCUUUCUGGAUAUGGCAACUAAAUUCUGAUCACUAAAACCAACUGAUCUUGCCGUUGAAAAUACUGUCGUAGGAGGUGAUUUUAAUUGCCUUCUUAAUCCCUUGAUGGACAGGUUUCCUCUAGGUGCUUUAGCCCCUUCUAAACGAUCACAAGAAAUUUUUGGUCUCUGUGAAGAUUUUGGCUAUUUGGAUGUUUAUAGGACACUUCACCCUUCUGAUAUGGAAUUUACUUUUUUCUCAAACCCUCCUGUUACACAAGGCUAGUCUGUGGUCUCCCAUUCAACUGGAAAUAUCAUAAUAUCAGACCAUGCUGCUGUCUAUAUGAAUGUUACUUUGGGGAAACUCCAUAGGAAACCUAUGGGUUGGAGAAUGGAUACUUCAAUUUUAAAGGAUCAUACAUUUCUAUAAUAUUUCACUGAAGAAUUCAAGCACUCUUUUGCCACUAACUCCCCCACUGCUACCAACCGUCAUUGCUGUGGGAAACCUCCAAGGCUCAUGCCAGGGGGUUGAUUAUAUCCUAUACAGGUUUUAUUGGAAACCGAAUUGAGUAUAACAGAGACCGAAUAUAUAAAGAGGCCUACAUCAGCUAAACUGAAGGAAAUUACAGCAAUUCGCUCCACAUUAAACUCCCUGCUCACAAAAAAGGCAGGGGAGAAAUUCGGAUAUGCAAAACAAACACUAUUUGAAUAUGGGGACAAACCAGGAAGAUAUUUAGCCAAUUUGACAAAAAAGCGUAGGGCCUCUCAAAUUAUUCAGUCACUUCUGGAGGGAUUGGGGACAUGUUCUUCUGAUUCUAAGAUGAUUAAUGACACUUUUAGAAAUUUCUAUUCAGAAUUAUAUAAAUCGGAGCACGCUAAUUGUUUUCCGAAAUUUCUAGGUUCGCGGUGAGUCAGCAACAGGCAAACACUUUUGCUCAAUAGACGAUGUUUAUUGAUUAGAAAAUGCAGAAUAAAUGAAUAAAUGAGAUUUAUUGAUUACAAUCCCACAAAAGCAAGCAUCAACAGGUCAAACCUACACAAUCAAAACAGGUCAGACAUGCAAACAAGUAGUAUUGGGUCGCUAGAUUUGGGUUUGUCAGUCUCAGAUCCCCGCGUUACCGUUACAGCUCAACCAAGUUGUCCCUUAGAAAUGCAGAUCGCUUACCGUGACAAAAUGAGUGGGAAGCCAGCAACACUCCAGUAAGGUGAAAAAAAAGGACACGCUGCGCGAUGGGUACCAGGAUCUGCCAGCAGGCUUCAGGGAGGCAGAGGAAUCUCCCGACUCUUAUAGGCGCGUCUGACGUGAGAGUGUGGGCGGCCACUCCUCGCUCCCACGAAAACGCACCACCCGAGAUCAAGAGAUCAGUCAUCCUGGUCCCUUUGCAGAAAAACAGCCCCAAAGCAUGAUGUUUCCACCCCUAUGCUUAACAGUGGGUAUGGUGUUCCUUGGAUGCAAGUCAGUAUUCUUUCUCCUCCAAACACGAGAACCUGUUUCUACCAAAAAGUUCUAUUUUGGUUUCAUCUGACCAUAACACAUUCUCCCAGUCCUCUUCUGGAUCAUCCAAAUGCUCUCUAGCAAACUGCAGACGAGCCUGGACGUGUACUUUCUUCAGCAGGGGGACAAUUCUGGCAGUGCAGGAUUUGAGUCCAUGGUGGUGCAUUGUGUUUAGAGCUGAAACGAGUACUCGAGCAACUCGAGUAACUCGAGUUUAAAAACUGAUCCGAGUAAUUUUAUUCACCUCGAGUAAUCGUUUAUUUUGACAGCUCGAAGCAUCACGUUUUGCUCGGACUACUUUUAAUGCGGGACAACGCACUGUCACGUGCGGAGAGGAAGAAGGGAAAAAAAACAACUUACUGCAGCCGACAGCCGCCACAAAUGACGCCGACGUUGCUAAAUACUAGCCCGCACGAUGCUACGUUGGUACAGGUAGCGUCUGAUGCGUCUCAUAGAGAUCACAUGUAUGUUGAACUAGAUGCGAAAUGACAGACUCGGCCGCGUCUGGGCAGUGUUAGUAAACAGCCGCCAUAUUAAAGCAGUAGAGCGCUAAGCGCUACUAAAGAGCGCUAAGCGCUAAUAAAUAAGAUUAACGUUACUGUCGCUACUAGCACAUGUAACGUUAGCCCUGCGGAGGGCUAGGUUUCAAUUAAUUAUGACCACUGUCGAUGCGUGGCUAACGUGUCUUACAUACAGGCUUUAACAUAACAUAGCAUUGUGGAGUGAUGAGGGUGUAAAAUAAAAAACUUAAUCAUGCUAACUAUCAAUUUUAGCUCAGUAGUCAUUGCUGGAUAAAACACCAAGUAGCACUGGUCCCUAAUGUGCUCCAAUACAGCCUGUAUCAUACAUUUAUUUUGAACACUGCAAAAACUCAAAAUCCUAUCAGGACUUACAGUUUAGACUAACUUAAAACUUAACUAGAACUUGAAAAUGGCUUGACACAAAGAGAAAUUCAAUUGAAACACGUGGGGAGACUUCCGGUGGAGAGGCAAAUGGAGUAGGGACGUAGGUUUGAACGCUCCCGCUCUGACCCGACAUUUCAAUACCUUUUUGUAACCCGUGCCCGCUCAAACUCAGCGCAUUCAGUCGCCCUCAUUUUCUGAUUAAACUGAUGGCAUCUGGGACCAGACAGGCGAGAGAUAAAGACGCCAGGAAGGAGGAUCCUUCUACCGCUAGCCACAUUAGCAUGUCGGCUCUGACUAGCUUGCUCGAGGAUCAUCGCCAAUCAAUCGCUGCUGCGAUGUCGGCGGAACUUAAAUCUGCGUUUUCCUCCCUCGAAGUCAAAUUGGACUCUUUACAGAGCACUGUGAGUGACUUUGGCGAGCGACUUACGAGCCUCGAGACUAAUUUUGGCAUUGCUGAGGAGCGCAUCCACACGCUUGAAGUUUCGUGCGCUUCGCUAGCUGAAACCUGUAUGAAACUUAAAGCUCGGAAUGCAGACCUGGAGGGGCGAAGCCGGCGAAAUAAUAUUCGGAUCAUCGGUCUGCCAGAGUCGGUGGAAGGUCCAAGACCCACAGAUUUUUUCGCGGAGGCACUGAAGGAGAUUUUUGGUGCACAGCUGCUGCCCUCCCCGCCGGAAUUGGACCGGGCUCACCGCAGCCUCGCCGCCAAGCCAAAACAGGGAGACAGACCAAGACCGGUGAUCGUGUGCUUCCAUCGUUACCAAACGAAGGAGCUGAUUGUCCGCGAGGCCCGCCGACGGAGGAACGUGUUGAAGUACCGCGACUCGUCGAUUCGGAUCUAUGAGGAUUACUCGCCUGACGUCUUGGAGCAGCGUUCGGCCUAUCGUGUAAUAAUGGCAAAACUAUACGAUCUGGGUCUUAGGCCGGCUCUGCUCUAUCCGGCGAAGCUCCAGAUUACCAAGAAAGACGGUAAUAGACUACGAUUUUCCUCUCUCGAGGAUGCUACCUCCUUUCUGCACUCUCAGUCUUCUGCCUAAAUUUUUAUUUUUUACUUCUUAUUUCUCCUCACUUCGCCAGGACGGCCUUUGUUUUGUUAAGCUUGGACUACGUACUAGGGGUGUGCUUUAAUUGUACUGGUGGCUAGCAACCUGUUAACUAUGUCAUUAACCAGUAAGAGUUCUUUACACUCUUUAUUUCUUCUUAUUAUUAUUUAUUUUUAUUUAUUAUUAUUGACACACCCCGUGGGAAGUGACUAUAGAGUGUUCUCGUUGAUUUGUGUAAUUUUGCGGACAAGUCAACAUUCGUGGACUUGUGUCUGUUUAGUACUACUUUUUUGUUUUGGUGCGCAUUUCUUUACGCUUUAUUACUUAUUUUCCCCUCUUCCCUUAAUCCUCUUAAUUGCAAAGGAUCCAAACGGAUUUUCUCAUCAGUUUUUUGUGUUAUUUAUUGGUUACACAUCCCUCCCCCUCUUUUUUGUGUAGGGGCUUUUGUUAGGUGGGAUGUAAUCAUUUAUUAACUAUUAUUAAUAUUAUUAUGAUUAAUUUGUUGUUGUUGUUUAUUUUAAGAAUUAUUGCAAUGAUUAUUUAUGUAUAUUUGCUUGCCUUUACUUUUCUUAUUAUCCAAAAAAGA